AUGCCGUCCACCCCUUUGGGGACCCCUGCACCUCUGGGGCCGGACCCCGGCAGUCAUCCCUCCCUGGCCCGCCAGCCCCCACUGGCCCUACCUGGUGAAGCCACAGGUCCCAUCCCUGCUUCAGAGCAGGAGCUGCCACAGCCCCAGGCUGAGGCAGGGUCUGGAACAGAAUCUGACCCUGAUGGAUCAGUACCAGAGCCGGCCAGCACCCGCCUGGCGGCAGCAGCAGCUAAAAUCGAAGAAGAACCAGUCAGUAAAGCAAAACAGAGCUCGGCUGAAAAGCAGGCGCAGGAGGCUAGGUCCAAACUGGGUCUUGGACAACUUACAGGGGUUCCCAGGGCCCCCAAAUGGAAAUCUAAGAAUAUCCUCUAUCAGUUGCAAACAAAGCCAGAAGUCUGCAAGAGCCCUGCUUCCGAUGCCUACGUAGUUGUGGGGGGAGAAGCCAAGAUCGAGGAUUUAUCUCAGCAAGCACAGCCAGCCGCUGCUGAGAAGUCCAACGUUCAAGGUGAAGCUGUCUCGGACACUCAAGAAAACACACGGGCUCCAUCUGUCCUGGAGGAGCGGGAAGAGGACGAGGCUGAUGAAACAGGUGUGGGCGUGAAGGACACAGAAUUGGUCGUGUCGCAAGCAAAUGUGUCGAAAGCCAAGGCAGUCGGAGGCCUGAAGCACAAGAGUAACGAUGCUGCAGAUGCUAUUAGGGAAUUACCCAUGGAACCAUCGAAAAAAGGGGACCCUUCUCCAUGCGUUUCAAAGAGUUACUGCAGCUGA